AUGCAGCCGGCAAUGAUGAUGUUUUCUAGUAAAUACUGGGCAAGAAGAGGGCUUUCUCUGGAUUCAGCAGUGCCCGAAGAGCAUCUGCUGCUUGGCAGCUCAACACUAAAUAAAACUAACGCUGGCAAAAAUGAUGAUAAAAAAGGCAACAAGGGAAGCAGCAAAAGUGACACUGCUACCGAGAGCGGCAAGAUGGCAGUUGUCUUCUCCUUGAAAAAUGAAGUUGGUGGAUUGGUCAAAGCACUGAAACUCUUUCAGGAAAAACAUGUCAACAUGGUUCAUAUCGAGUCCAGGAAAUCCCGGCGAAGAAGUUCGGAAGUUGAAAUCUUUGUGGACUGUGAGUGUGGCAAAACGGAAUUCAAUGAGCUCAUUCAGUCACUGAAAUUUCAAACCACGAUCGUGACGCUGAAUCCGCCAGAGAACAUUUGGACAGAGGAAGAAGAGCUAGAGGAUGUGCCCUGGUUUCCCCGGAAGAUCUCUGAGUUAGACAAAUGUUCUCACAGAGUUCUCAUGUAUGGUUCUGAGCUGGAUGCCGAUCACCCAGGAUUUAAAGACAAUGUCUAUCGACAGAGAAGGAAGUAUUUUGUGGAUGUAGCCAUGGGUUAUAAAUAUGGUCAGCCCAUCCCCAGAGUGGAGUACACAGAGGAAGAAACUAAAACUUGGGGCGUUGUGUUCCGAGAGCUCUCCAAACUCUAUCCUACUCAUGCUUGCCGGGAGUAUUUGAAAAACUUCCCUCUGCUGACUAAAUACUGUGGCUACAGGGAGGACAACGUGCCCCAACUUGAAGACGUCUCGGUUUUCCUGAAAGAAAGGUCUGGCUUCACCGUGAGACCAGUGGCUGGAUACCUGAGUCCUCGAGACUUUCUGGCAGGACUGGCCUACAGAGUGUUCCACUGUACUCAAUACAUCCGCCAUGGCUCGGACCCCCUCUACACCCCGGAACCAGACACAUGUCACGAACUCUUGGGACAUGUCCCUCUACUUGCGGAUCCUAAGUUUGCUCAGUUUUCACAAGAAAUAGGCCUGGCAUCUCUGGGAGCAUCAGAUGAAGACGUUCAGAAACUAGCCACAUGCUAUUUCUUCACUAUUGAGUUUGGCCUUUGCAAGCAAGAAGGGCAACUGCGAGCUUAUGGAGCUGGACUGCUUUCCUCCAUUGGAGAAUUAAAGCAUGCUCUUUCUGACAAGGCAUGUGUGAAAGCCUUUGACCCAAAGACAACUUGCUUACAGGAAUGCCUUAUCACCACCUUCCAGGAAGCCUACUUUGUUUCAGAAAGUUUUGAAGAAGCCAAAGAAAAGAUGAGGGACUUUGCAAAGUCAAUUACCCGUCCCUUCUCCGUCUACUUCAAUCCCUACACACAGAGUAUUGAAAUUCUGAAAGACACCAGGAGCAUUGAAAACGUGGUGCAGGACCUCCGCAGCGAUUUGAACACCGUGUGUGAUGCCUUGAACAAAAUGAACCAAUAUCUGGGAAUUUGAUGUCUGGGACCUGUGUCAUUGCCAGCCUGAUCUUUUUGGGGCUUAGCAGCAAUUCAGUCAAUGUCAUAUAACACCAAUAGCUUUCUGUGUCAUGGCUUGGCUAGUAAGCAUGCAAUUCUGUAUAUUUCUACCUACUUGCAACUUACUGUGAUAAUGUAUGAAACACCAUAAAGAACCCAAUGACAGAUAACCACUCAUUGUAUGAAAGAUCGUAAUACAUUUCAAUGUCUUAAAUAGAUUUGACAUUCCAGCU